AUGGGGCCUGUGCUGUCCCGUAGUUCGUACAUCGAUGACAUCAUCUACGGAGCUCCGUCCUGGGAUGACCUGUGCAAAACGCUGAAUGUCCUCCUGUACCGAUUGCGCCUCCCGAAGAGUGAGUUCGGGGUCAAGAAAUGUAAGUACCUCGGGCACGACAUCAGCUCGGACGGAAUCAGGACGUCCCCAAAACUGGCGGAAAAGUCCUUCCUCGGGAGCCUUAACUACUAUGCUAAGUUCAUCGAGGACCUACCCAUACUCGCAGCCACCCUCUACGACGCAUCGGACGAGCAACUCCGCUCGGAACGAGACCUGGAGAAAGCCAAACAUGCCUUCAAGAUACUCAAGGACCGACUAGUGUCGACACCACUACUCCAACACUCCGACCCCGGGAGGCAGUAUGUAAUCAUAUUGCAUGCCAAUCUCUUGGCUAUCAGCGCCGUUCUGGGGCAAGACUACGACGGCACCAUACUACCGUGCGGUUCGUGGGACGGGUUCUCCAAGACGCCGAAAUCCGGUACCACCCCUCCGAGAAGGAAGUACUAG